AUGUUAGUCUGUUCGAACUGUGUCGUACGUUUAUCUCCAUUAUUAUGCAAAUAUAUAACCAUAUCUUCACUAUCAAGUCUAUCAUCAAAACCAUGGCUAUUGUUCCAUAAUGGCCUUGAAAAUUCGAUUCGAACAAAUUUUUCUAACACGUUACAAUCAAAAAUUCUAACCGCUUUUUCUACUACACAUUCACGUUCAUUUCAUACAUCAAAUAAACUAGAUAAAAAAGAUUACUAUGAAGUCUUAGGUAUACCAAAAACAGCCACUGCAAAAGAAAUCAAAAAAGCUUAUUAUACACUAGCAAAACAAUAUCAUCCCGAUACAACAGACAAGAAAGAUUCGGCAACAACAAAAAAAUUUCAAGAAGUAUCAGAAGCUUAUGAAGUAUUAAGUGAUGAAACAAAACGAAAAAAUUAUGAUACAUAUGGUAUGGGUGGUGAUCCAUUUAGUGCAGGUCAAGGUGCAUAUCCCGGUGCUCGUGGUCCUUCAGGUGAUUCACGUCAAGGUGGUUUUCGUGGUUAUGAAUAUUAUCAAUCUCAAGUUGAUCCCGAAGAAUUAUUUCGAAAAAUUUUUGGUGAUGCAUUUAGUCGAGGUGGAUUUAGUAGUCAUGAAUGGAUGAAUGAUACCGAUGAGAAUUCAUUCCAUAGACAAGGCAUUACACAAUUAUCAUUAGAUUUAACAUUUCAAGAAGCUGUACGUGGUUGUAAUAAAGAUGUAAAUGUUCGAAUUGUUGAUACAUGUCCAACGUGUAAAGGUUCCCGUUGUGCAGCUGGUACACAACCACAAAAAUGUCGUACAUGUAAUGGAACUGGUAUGGAAACAAUUGAAACAGGUCCAUUUUUUAUGCGUGCAACAUGUCGAGCAUGUCAUGGUCGACGUGAAACAAUUCCAAAACCAUGUUUUGAAUGUCAAGGAAAAGGAAAAACAACUCAAAAGAAAACUACAACUAUACCAAUACCAGCUGGUGUGGAAGAUGGACAAACAAUGAGAGUUAAUUUAGGUUCAUCUGAAGUUUUUGUUACAUUUCGUGUUAAAUCAAGUGAAAGAUUUCGAAGAGAUAAAGAAGAUGUUCAUAGUGAAGUUAAUUUAUCAAUUUUUCAAGCUAUCCUUGGCGGUGCAACUAAAGUACCGGGAAUUUAUGAAGAUCAUGUUUUACAAAUUCCACCUGGUACACAAUCCCAUCAACGUUUUCGUCUUAUUGGUAAAGGCAUAAAACGUCUUCAUAGUCCAGGAACUGGUGAUCAUUAUGUUCAUGUGAAAAUAAAAGUUCCUACACGAUUAACAGCUGAACAAAAAGCAUUAAUAUUAUCACUUGCUGAAUUAGAUAAAGAUAUUGAUGGAACAAUUAAUGGUUUAACACAAACAAAAUCUGGAAGUCGAGUGAUCAAUGAGGAUGAAUAUCCUUUAUUAAAAUCAAUACGACAAAUAUUAUCGAAUUUACCACUUGGUAGUAAAAAAGUAGCUGAUACAAUUGAAGAAAAAGAAACCGAUACAAAACGUAAUUCAACAGCUAAGAAAAAAACAAGCAACAAUUAG